AAAGAGUAAAGCUUGGAAAGGGGGAGUGGAUGUGAACUCGAUCGAAGGUUGAAAGAAGGUUGCGUGCUGCAUCAGGUGCGUCUGAAUGGAAAAGAGAUUCCGUUCGGAGGAGGUUGUUUUUGGUAGUGGCUAGCUCCGUUUCACAAAUUCAUGGUGGAAUCAUCGAUGAGGCCAGGAGUUGGAGGCAGGCUUGGUUAGCGCUGACGGCUUGCUUCAUUCUUCAAGCAGCCCUGAAUUCUUGAUUGAGCCGGCGUGUAGUCUCCCAGAGCCCGUUAUCACGGAGUUCCCAAAUCAGCCGCCGCCCCAUCCCCCCGGCGAGCAGCGGCAGCCGGCGUCGCAGCCGUCCACUCGGCUGCCUCGAGGCACUGAUCCGCGAGGCGGGGAGGAGGCGAUGCCGCCAGGAGGAGGAGGAGAAGGAGGCAGGCAUGGCAGCACGGUGCAGAGCCACCCAGUGGCGACCGUCCGCCGCGACGAGGACGCCCCGCCCCAUUCUUCGCCGCCGCUCCCCGACAAUCCUCCGAAAAGGAAUCGGGAACCCGAACAAGCCGUUUAUGUCCUUUACAGGAGAAGAAGCAGAAGCAGGAGCAGGUGCCGAGCCUCCCCGAGGGCGCCCUCGUGGAGAUCCUUUCGCGAGUGCCCUACAGGUCCCUCUGCCGCUUCAAGUGCGUGUCCAAGCCGUGGCUCGCCCUCUGCUCCGCCCGGAACAUCCUCAAGAGGUCGCCACAGACCCUCUCCGGCUUCUUCUACUACCAACACAGACGGCUCAAUUUCCGCAAUUUGUCUGGGAGACGUUUGCCUGUCGUCGACCCAUCUCUCGCUUCGCUUUCUUGCGGAAUAGCUACCAACACUUUUAUAUAGAACAAUUCUGCGACGGUCUUCUCCUCUGCAGCUGCUGGAAUUCGUAUUUGGAAGAAGAAAGGGAUUAUGUUGUCUGCAAUCCUGCAACUAAAGAGUGGAUUGUGCUGCCUCCUGUAGUAUUUCCAAGUCAUGAUAAAGUGUGGAGCUACCCGUUGAAAGUCACACCGUUCGUUCACUUAGGUUUCGACGCUGCUGUUCCGUCCCACUUUGCGGUGUUUGCAACCCCUAGCAAUGUUGAUUAUGAUUCUGAAGAAGUGGGUAUCUACUCAUCAAAAACUGGACACUGGACUUACAUGCAGAGUAAGUGGGCUUCCGUAGAUUAUGUGGAUCACGCUAGAUCCGCACGUGUCUUCCUCAAUGGCACCAUGCAUUUGAUUACCCUUUGUAAAUCAAUAUUCACAGUCAACGUUGAGGGGAAAGUUUGGAGGGAGAUUCAAAUGCCAGAUUACAUUAGCUCUGAUGUUAAUGACAUGGACUCUGAUACUGAUGACAUGAGCUCUGAUGUUUACAUUGGGCGGUCUCAGGGACAGUUGUAUCUCUGGCACAUAGAUCAUCUCCAUGAUUGCCAACUCCAUAUUUGGGUUCUUGAGGAUUAUGUUACUGGAAAGUGGACCCUAAAGCACACUGUUAAAGUUCUGGAGCUGUUUGGAAGGCAUUCUCGCAAAGAUGAUGAAUUCUAUCAGAUGUUUGCAGUUCAUCCAGAUUGUGAUAUUAUUUUCCUUACCGACAAGAACAUGACAUUGUCGUAUGACAUGGAUAAUCAGAAAGUGCAUGUUAUCAGCACUGAAGGCAUAUAUGGUGUGCCUUAUAUUCCCUGUUUUGAGGAAUUGUCAUCAGCUGGUCACUAAAGGGUCAGUGGUUGCUAUGGGGCAUACUCUUCUCGUUUCAUGCCAUUGCUUAGAUAUAUUUUCGAACUCAUAUGUCUACAGUUUUGUAUACCUUUCUGUUGGUGUUUGGGUGCAUAUCUUUUGUGGCUUUGAACAAUAUUUGUCAGCAAAGUCACUAUAAGGGUACUGCUUAGAUUAUGAAUGAACCUUGUCAGUUAAUCUAUUUGCUGUCAUGUAAUAAUAAUUAUUGUGGCCACUCGUUAGCUCUUGAUGUAGGGUAAUAUAAGACAAUGGGAGUGUAUUAUCUAUCUUUGAUAUCAUUUGCAUUUUCA